GGCAACCAUCUGUCUCUCUCUAGCUCAACAUCAUGUGGGGUUGGGAGGGGUUAUUAAUGUAGAGAGAGAGACUCCCACCCACUCAUUCAUUCAAUCAUAACCUUUCCACCACCACCUCGUCCCUCCUCCUCAACCCUUCCCACAGAGUCACCUCUCCAGCACCACUCACACAGACUGUUGCCCCCACCCACACCACCCCUUUGUUUCUGUAUCCAACUAUACGAAACAAAACAGCAAAGCCAAGGGGGAAGAGGAAAGGGGAGCUUUUCAUCUCACGUCCUUCACCUAUAAAUUCACGCUGCUUUCUUCUUCCUCCUCUUCUUCUUCCUCCUCCUCCUUGGCAUAUGCGGACAGACCCUUCGCAACCCGAAAAUGUCGGCCCAGAUCGUUCCUGAGCACGUUUGCUACAUCCACUGCAACUUCUGCAACACCAUCCUCGCGGUUAGCGUUCCCGGAAACAGCAUGUUCAACGUCGUGACAGUCCGGUGCGGGCAUUGCGCCAAUCUGCUGUCGGUCAACAUGGGAGCCUUGCUUCAAGCUUUCCCUAUUCAAGAUUUCCAGGCGCAUAAUUUUGGAUCUCAAAGCAACAGGCUAGAGAUUGGAUCAUCUUCCAGAUGUAACAGGUCUUCAUUGUACUCCAUGAAGGAUGAACAGCAGCAAAUUGUAGCCUUACGUCCCCCAGAGAAGAGGCAACGCGUUCCUUCCGCCUACAACAGGUUUAUCAGGGAGGAGAUACAAAGGAUAAAAGCUAACAAUCCUGAUAUUAGCCACAAGGAAGCCUUCAGCGCUGCAGCGAAGAAUUGGGCACACUUUCCUCACAUUCAUUUUGGGCUAACCCUUGAUGGUAGUAAGCAAGCAAAGCUGGACGAUGCCAUAGCAGCAGCACCAGGAGGAGAAAAGGCUCCAGGUUUCUAUUAACCAUAUGUAUAAGAUCAUCAUAUAUAUAUGUGUUAGUGAAUCUAAAUCUUGAACUUGUAUUAUGCAAGUCAGUGAAUGAAGUAUGCCUUCUAUCAUCCAGAAAAAGGAGUUGUGUACUAUGUCGUCUUAUUGAGUGUGUUGUCUUCUUGCACUUGGUAUCUGAUAUUGAAUGUUUCAUUCAAUCCAA